AUGAAAUCCUAAAUUCAAAAUACAAUAAAAUAAUUUGAUUUAUUUUCAAAACCCUUUGCUUUCUUUGUAGGAAAUAAAAAAACUAAGAGUACCUUAGUUGGUGGAUUUCUCUCUUUAUCUGUAAUAACGGUGUCAAUUGUUUAUUUUUACUAUCUAAUGGAUCUUUACUUCUCCAAUUAGAUUUAACCUAAAAUAACAUAAUAAGUUCAAAUAUAAAGUAAUUUAAGUUAAAUUCAUAUUUAAGAUAGUUUUUUCAUCAUGGAAAUGUUAGUUAAUGGGUAACCUCUAAAGCAAUAUGAGAAAUCAGUGAAUUAAGUAUAUUUAAAUUAUACUGUAUCUUAUGAAGUUUAUUAUCCUAAUGGCACAAGUAAUUCUACAAACAUUUCACUUGUAGAAUGUGUUGAUCCAACUUUUAAAGGGUAUUUAUGUAUUGAUGAGUAAGCUUUUGAAUAGAAUAUUGAUAUCUUUAACAACCCUAUUUAGCAAUUAUCUUCAGAUUUUGCUAUUUAAAUUAGUUUAUGCGAUCCUACAGUUACAACUAACUGCGCCCCUCCUGAUGAAAUAGCAAAUUUCAUUUUUCAGCCCUAAAAUUAUUUCUAGCUUUUCACAAAAAUAAAAUAAUAUAACCCUAAUUAAAGAUAAUACGAAACAGCUUAUAAAUCUGAAUAUUUCUACUUUGAUCCAAAUAUGAUUACCUAUACUAGAUUAGAUUUAAUUUUAGCAACUACUAGUGUUAGCAAUGGAUAUUUUAUUUAAAAAACCAGUACAGACGUUAAUAUUUAUGAUUAUUAAAGGAUAGAUACUUUUUUUUCAACUGUAAAUGUUGAACAAAGAAUGGGAAUAAGUGGAUUAGGCUAUAUAGUUUAUGAGCUAAACCAAGUUCAUAAUUAAAUAUCAAUUUAAAAUGCUAUGGUGACUGAAGUUUUAGCACAGUUUAUGAGCAUAUUUAAUGCCAUGCUUUUUGUUGGUUUUCUAGCUAGAUAUCUUGCUGAAUCAUACAUAAUAGAAGACAUGAAUAACAUCAUGUUAUAAGAGUAUUACAAAAAAACUGCAUUAAAACUAGUUUAAAAAAAGGAAAUUAAAAACGCAUUACAAAAAUUUGGAAAGGCUGAUGCAGCAGCUCAAUCAUAAUUAGCUUCCAGUUAUAAUAUAUUAAAUAUAUUUUCUAAUUCUAAAGAUUCGUCACCAGAAAAGCAAAAAUCUAAAGUUUUAUGUGAAGUUUAGAAAAAGAUUUAUGAAACUGAUUUUUCUGAGCAGCAAAAACAAUAUUUUGAAAUCAGUUUUUGCUAAAGGAUAAAAAGUUUUUUUAAUAAAAUUUUAGGUUUUGAUUAGAGUUCAAAUAUAUAAAAAGAUCCUAAUUCCGAUCCUACUCUGUAUAGUAAUUUAUUGAAAUAAUCCAUGAAAAGAAUCAAUAUCUUUGAGGUUUACAAAGAUUUGAUUAAAUUAAAGAUGGCAAUUAAAUUGAUACUAACCAAAGACUAAUAUGCUGCAAUGUUAUUUUGUGGAUCAGAUUUAUGUAUUUAGGAAACAUAAAAAGAAUCACAGACAAAUGAAGGUAAAUCUUAAAAGGUAGAAGAUUAAAUAAAAUCUGGCAAUAAUAAAGAUAACCUUCUAGCUUCAACAGAAAAAAAUUAGCCCAUUAAUAAUGAAUACUUAUCUAAGAAUUAGAAAUCAAAUACUAAAAUAGCAAGUAUUUUUUUUUAAGAAAGAUAGUCUCCAAAUUGCUAAGAUGAGGAUAGAGGACAAAUAAAAAAUGAAGUUUCUCUUGAAAAAAUUUGUUAAGUUAAAAGCAAUUAUGCAAUAGAAAAUGUUCCCCAAGAUUAAUUAGAAUAAAUUAAAUCUGAUAGAAGCAUAUUUUAAGAUUUUCAAUAAAAUUAGGCUUUGUCUAAAGACGAGUAGUUAAAUAUUUUUGAAACUAAUGAUAACCUUAUGAGAUAAAUUAAGAGCUAGAUACUUCUUAACUAAACCUCACCAAAUAAUUAAAUUCAUCAGGUUUCGUUAAAUAAAAAAGAUGAUAUUUAGAAUCUUAAAAUUAAUGGAGAUCAAAAUGUAUUAAAUUAAUCAGAUCUUUCUAUUGAAAUUUCAAACACAGCUUAAGAUGCUAAAGAUAAUAUAUAGUAGAAAGAUAUUUAAAAUUUACAAACUAUAUUUGGGCUAAGCUGUCAUCUUGCUGAAAUGGAUUAAAUUGAAGAAAAUGAGGAAGAAAAAGAAAAAUAUUUAAAAGAAUUCUUUGUAAAAAUGAAGAAUCCCUGUUAAAGUAAAGUAAACCACAUUGAUUAGUAAAUAUAUUAGAGCUUAAUUAUAAACGAAAAAUAAGUAAAAGAAUUCAAUAAAUACGUUGAUUAAUAAAUAGUUACGAAUAGAAGAAUUACUCUCGAUUCAAAAAAAAAUUAAAUUUCUAAAUUGAUAAUAGAGUUAAAUAAUAACAGUUAGUAAAAUGUUAAUUAAAAAAUGUAGUGA